AUGACACAAGAGAUCAUUCGUAUCGGUAGUAGAAAAUCUGCUCUAGCUAUCACGCAGUCUGAACAUGUUAAGAGUCUUAUUGAAAAUGAAUUCCCGCAGUAUUGUUGCGAGAUCAUCACUAGAGAGACCCUAGGUGACCAAAUUCAGUUUAAACCAUUGUAUUCAUUCGGUGGGAAAGCCCUCUGGACGAAAGAGUUGGAAGAUUAUCUCUAUCAUCAGGAUGAACGUUUAAAAUUGGACAUCAUUGUUCAUUCAUUGAAAGACAUGCCUACUUUAUUACCUGAGGGGUUCCAAUUAGGCUGUGUAACGCAGAGAAUCGACCCCUCUGAUUGUGUAGUGAUGUCAAAAGAAAACAUAGGGCGGGGCUUUACCAAGCUGGAACAAUUACCAACGGGUUCUGUUGUGGGAACCUCCAGUGUGAGAAGAUCUGCUCAAUUGAAGAAAAAAUAUUCAGGCUUCAAGUAUGAAAGUGUAAGAGGUAAUAUCCAGACUAGGUUAUCCAAAUUAGAUGACUCAGAAUCCCCAUACGAUUGUAUUAUUUUGGCCUCAGCCGGGCUGAUUAGAUUGGGCUUCGAAGAUAGAAUCUCAUCCAAGUUAGAUUCGUCUCUCAUGUACCAUGCAGUGGGUCAAGGUGCUUUAGGCAUUGAAAUUAGGGCGAAUGAUGAAAGGGUCUUGAAUAUUUUGCAUCGCAUUUCUGACGUGGAGUCCACCAUAUGUUGUCUCGCUGAAAGACAAUUAAUGAGAUCAUUAGAAGGUGGUUGUUCAGUUCCAAUUGGUGUCAAAUCAUCCUAUGAUAGAGAAACAAAGAUUUUAACUUUGAAAGGAAUUGUCACUGAUAUGGAUGGUGUCAAAUUUGUUGAAGAUGUUUACGGAAAGAAAAUCAAUGUUAUUCAAGAAGAUGCAAUCGAUUGUGGUGCAAAAUUGGCUGACAAAAUGAUAUCAAAUGGUGCAAAAGAGAUCCUUGAUGAAAUUAAUAUAGCAAGAUUAAAUGAGGCUUAA